AUGGAUUCACCGAGCAGCCGUCAACGGAGAGAAUCACCUUCCUCACUAUCGACGCCAACCCCAGCCACGACGGUGACAACAACGAUAACACGUCCUCCAAUUCAGCUCCCCCCAGCAGUCCUCCUCAUAUACCCAGUGACAUUGUUCGUCGGAUUGCUAUUCUCGGUCAUCUCGCCUACGGCAAGACCUCCGCGUCAUCACAUCGACCCCCUCGCACCCACAAUAGCAGCAGACCUCAACCUCGACCCCCCAGCGCACCCGAUCAACUACUUCGCCCGAAAGAACAACAUCUUUAAUCAGUACUUUGUGAAAUUGGGCUGGGCCUGGACGACGUUCGCGUUUUUUAUCUUGCUCGUUUCCCAGCCUGCGUUCAGGCUGCGACAACAAUCCGCGAACAACCAGCGACGCCUUCGAAGAAUUUUCCAGGCGUUGAUCCGGUACGCGCUGGCUACUUUGGUUUGGUAUCUUACUACGCAGUGGUUCUUCGGGCCGCCGAUUAUCGAUCGCGGAUUUAUCUUUACUGGUGGGAAAUGUGAGAGCCGUCUUUCGGCUUCAUUGUCUGGGGAACAUCACCAUCAUCAUUUCGGGACGUUUUUUACCGCUGCUUCCUGCAAGGCUGCCGGGGGUGAUUGGAGGGGUGGGUAUGAUGUUAGCGGACAUGUUUUCCUGUUGGUUCUUGCGAUGGUAUUUUUGGGUUUUGAGGCUGUUGGUGUCAGUUUGGGUGAUGCUUCUCUUGGGGAGUUGAAUAGGAAAGAGAAGGAGGAUGGUGAUGCCAUUACGCAAUCGUCGGAUCAGACUAAAAGAGAAGAUCCGUUUGAAGAGAGUAUUUUGAGGGUCUGGGCGUUGAGGUUUGUUUGCGGGGUUAUUGGCUUGAGUUGGUGGAUGCUUCUAAUGACUGCUAUUUGGUUUCAUACUUGGUUGGAGAAGUGGUCCGGCCUUCUGAUUGCCCUGGGAACGGCGUAUAUCAUCUACUUCCUCCCUAGGACUCUUGUUCCUUGGAGGAAUAUAGUGGGAAUCCCUGGUGUAUAG